UAUUUUUCACCCACACAGACUGUGAUAACUGAUGCACCGGCAAUGUCAAAGUUGUCACGUUAAGCGACCUCGGGGAUGUAUUAAUGAUCACAUAAACCUAAUUUAAACGAGAAUAACGGAAGAUAACCUUCGUUAGAAACAUCGGUUUACAUUUUUAAAGGCCGGCUUGAUUCCUUUUUUCGUUCUAGCCUCUUGUAGGCGUCAGAACUCGACAAGAUGCGCCUCAACAUUCAGAUGUUGAUAUCCCAUGGCCGGGUGGCCCGUAAAAUGGGUCUCGGUCCAAAGUCCCAAAUAAACAUGCUUCGGAACAUUCUUACCGGCCUCGUUCGACACGAGAGGAUAGAGACCACCCGAGGCAGAGCAGACGAAGUUCGAUUCUAUGCUGAAAAGUUGAUUGACUAUGCCAAGAAGGGAGACACUGACGAGAAAGCGAUGAAAAUGGCACAUUUCUGGCUCACAGAAAAGGAUUUGAUCCCAAAGCUCUUCAAGGUCCUGGCUCCCAGGUUUGAGACCCAGCCCAAAGCCUACACCCGGAUGGCCCGCAUUCCCAACAGGGAGAACCUGGACAAGGCUGCUAUGGCUGUGCUGGAGUAUAAAGGCAACCCGUUCCCACCUCUCCAGACCGCCAAACGAGACAAUGAACUCACACUAAUCAACCAGCUCCUCAAAGGCUACAGAGAACAGCGGGCACAGCAGGCAGCAGCCAAGGUUGAGGCAUAAUGCAACCAGCCACACACUGACAUUACAUGUGUUACUGUUUUUAGAUGACUGGCUACAGUAUUUGACUUUCUAUGGACCCCACUGAACAUGAGAUGAUGUUGUGUGUCAAAAUAAAUGUGAUUGUUUGACAAUG